AUGACUCCUCCCGCUACAAGCCUCACCGGUGCGGCGCGCUCAUCCCUCACCGCUCUCCAGUCUCGCUGGCUCGGCUCAAUCCACCUUCACAUGCUCUCCUCCCCGCUCCGCAAAUGCAUCGUCACAUCCAAGGUCCUACCAACAAGCCUGAUGUUGCAACUGAAACCGGUUCGGCUUGCGCCAACACUAUCCACCUCGGCUUCUGACAAGUACAGCUCGGCAGGCUUAUCGAGCAAGGCCUCACAGCCGUCAGGAGCAGCCGAGCGGAUUGUGGUGCUGCCGAAUGCGAUUCUGCAUCCGAAAUACUCACCACGCAAGACGGGCACGGGCACCUGGAUCACGUUGGACGCGCGCGUGUUUGCACACUUGAGGCAGAAGGCGAGCUACAAACGGGUGGAUUCCAAAGCGGUGUUGGCGGCACAGAUCGAGGAUCUGGUGUGGUGGCAGUUGGGCGAACGGUGUAUCCAGGAGCUGCACGAGUUGGUGGACAGGUUUGGCACAAGCAGACGGCUCGAUCUGUUUGCCCGUCCAGACGACGAUACGCUUCUCCAGCCGAGACGCUGGCAAAUACGCCUGCAGACUCAGACGAAAGACGUGCGCGUUGAAAGCCAUGUUUUUCAGCCGAGCUUCCAAGAUGCACAUCAGUCACAGAGGUUUCAGCAGGCAAUCCAGGAUUUGCUCGCACCAACCCCCGAGAUGCACGAGCUAGCGUGCGUGUACACGGUCAAACACUCACAUAUCACCGCUCCUUUGGGCAUCGCUUUGUACAGGCUGAACCUAUGGGUCUCCAACGCGGCUCCUCCGAUGCCUCGCACGCCACAACUCAAGCAGCCCAAGUCCGAGUUAUCAUAA